AUGGGUUGGAAAUAUAAGGGAGGUUUGCUUCUAAUUAUUGGUGUCGUAAUCAUGUGGGUUACCUCUGCAGAGGUUACUCAGGGUGUGUUUGAAGACUAUAGGCAUCCAUUUGCAGUGACAUAUCUUGGAACCUCUCUUCUGGCACUUUAUCUGCCAAUAGCGUUCUAGGACUGGUUAGUCAAGCAUCUGAGAGGUUGCUCUUGUAAUAGUACCAAAGGCCCAAAAGGGGUUGACAGGUCCUCUGUAGAACUGAAUUCUUCUGUAAAACAUGAUGACAAGCAUGGUAAUUUUCAAAUUGAACAUCAAGCACCAGUGCCUAAGGAGUGUGUCAUAGACCUUUGUAUCAAGGAGGAGGAAAAUCCCCGGGUUUCUAGCACAAAGUUAUUGUGGAAGCACCAAAGCAGAGACCGAAUGCUUAGCAAGGAGAUUGCUGCAUUUGGCUUUUGCAUGGCUCCUAUCUGGUUUGCAACAGAGUAUCUGACCAACGCUGCUCUCGCAAGAACAAGUGUUGCUAGUACAACAUUGUUGUCCUCAACUUCAGGAUUUUUCACUUUAUUUAUUGGGGCACUUUUAGGUCAAGACUCUAUUAGUACAGUGAAAGUUGUUUCAGUUGUCAUUAGCAUUGCUGGUGUUGCUAUGACUACACUUGGAAAGACAUGGGCUGCAAAUGAACCAAAUUCAGGCAUUAACAAAGGUGGGAAACAUGCUCUUCUAGGAGAUCUUUUUGCUAUCUUCUCAGCUAUGAGUUAUGGACUGUUUACAGUCUUGCUUAAAAAGUUUUCUGGAGAAGAAGGAGAAAGGGUAGACAUGCAGAAGUUAUUUGGCUAUAUUGGAUUGUUUGCACUUGUUGCCCUUUGGUGGCUUGCAUGGCCUCUGACUGCCAUUGGUGUUGAACCAAAGUUCACAUUUCCUCAAUCAGCUACAGUGCAAGAGAUAAUCCUUAUAAACAGUUUCGUCGGGUGUUUUCUAUCAGACUAUUUCUGGGCAUUGUGUGUUGUCUGGACCUCUCCGCUGGUAGCUGCACUAGGCAUUGCACUUACCAUACCAAUUGCAAUGUUGGAAGACAUGCUAAUUCAUGGUCAACAGUAUUCAAUAAUCUAUAUCAUUGGAUCAGCUCAGGUAUUCCUGGGAUUUCUAAUAGCUAAUAUUUCAGACUGGAUAUCAGAGAAGUUGAGAUGGUAAAGCUGUCAUUCUCCACCAAAGACUAUAUAACUGGCCCAACUUUAAUGAUGCAUGGGCCCCCUGUAGGCUAUGUAUGCAGUAG